AUUAAUAAUAUUUCUAUCAACCGAAACAAAAUCCGAUUUGAGUAUUAUUUUCAAAAUUUGUGUCGUUGAUCUUCUAACAUAUUCGCAAAGGAGCAAGCACCCACUAGAUAUGGGGUUCCACAUCCACACGUUUCCCCAAUCGAAUGGCUCAUAACUCAUCACAAUUAUGAUUAUGAAAGCCACGUUAACAUAACUCACUUCACCCUUUCUCUACAUAUAAAACCCAAGAGUCAAAAGUCAAAACCAUUCCCAACUUGUCUGAAUCUCCCCUGCAAAUGGUUGUCUUGGGUUGAGCCUUUUAGCCCUUCAUUUGCUGCUGAUCCUGUUUAUCACCUCUUUUUAGUGUAAAGUUUGUUGUGGGCAUUAGAAAGCGACCGUUAGCUGGUAUUGUUGGACUAUUGUGCUAGAUGGAGUCGUGUAAUUGCAUUGAGCCACAGGGGCAUCCUGAUGAUCUGUUGAUGAAAUAUCAGUAUUUAUCUGAUUUUUUCAUUGCGCUUGCCUAUUUUUCGAUCCCGUUGGAAUUAAUUUACUUUGUUAAGAAAUCGGCUGUUUUUCCGUACAGAUGGGUGCUUGUGCAGUUUGGUGCUUUUAUUGUUCUUUGUGGAGCAACUCAUCUAAUUAACUUAUGGACUUUUAGAAUACAUACUAAAACAGUUGAAGCCGUUAUGACCAUUGCCAAGAUUUCGACUGCUGCUGUCUCAUGUGUAACUGCCCUCAUGCUUGUGCAUAUAAUUCCUGAUUUAUUGAGUGUUAAAACUAGGGAAUUGUUUCUGAAAAAUAAGGCUGCCGAGCUUGACCGAGAGAUGGGCAUCAUCCGUACUCAAGAAGAAACGGGGCGGCAUGUUAGGAUGUUGACUCAUGAGAUCAGAAGUACACUCGACAGGCAUACAAUCCUUAAAACCACUCUUGUUGAGCUGGGGAGGACUUUAGCUCUCGAAGAGUGUGCUUUAUGGAUGCCAACCCGAACCGGGUUAGAACUUCAGCUUGCAUACACACUCCGCCAACAAAACCCUGUUGGAUUCACUGUGCCUACUCAACUUGCUGUAAUCAAUCAAGUAUUUAGUACUAAUCGUGCCGUGAAAAUCUCACCAAACUGUCCUGUGGCUAGAAUCCGGCCUAUCACUGGGAAGUACAUGCCUGGAGAGGUGGUUGCUGUUCGUGUUCCUCUUCUUCAUCUUUCUAAUUUCCAAAUAAAUGAUUGGCCAGAGCUAUCAACAAAACGAUAUGCAUUGAUGGUUUUGAUGCUUCCUUCCGACAGUGCCAGGCAAUGGCAUGCACAUGAGUUGGACCUUGUUGAAGUUGUUGCAGAUCAGGUAGCAGUUGCGUUAUCCCAUGCAGCAAUUUUGGAGGAAUCAAUGAGAGCUCAGCAGCAACUCAUGGAGCAAAAUGUUGCCCUUGAUUUGGCUCGGAGAGAAGCUGAGACUGCCAUCCGUGCCCGAAAUGACUUUUUGGCUGUGAUGAAUCAUGAAAUGAGGACCCCUAUGCAUGCAAUAAUUGCUCUUUCUUCCUUAUUGCAAGAAACCGAGUUAACUCCUGAACAACGAUUAAUGGUCGAGACAAUAUUAAAAAGCAGUAACCUGCUGGCAACCCUGAUAAAUGAUGUGUUGGACCUUUCACGACUUGAAGAUGGUAGCCUUAAGCUUGAUGAGGGAGUAUUCAAUCUCCAUACUAUGUUUAGAGAGGUUCUUAAUCUGAUCAAACCCGUAGCGUCUGUCAAGAAGUUGUUGAUAGCGUUGUCUUUGGCAGCUGAUGUACCUGAAGUUGCUGUCGGUGAUGAAAAACGUCUAAUGCAAGUUCUCUUGAAUAUUGUUGGGAAUGCUGUGAAGUUUACAAAAGAAGGAAGCGUUGUAAUUAGCGCUCUAGUUGCUAAACCAGAGUCUUUAAGGGAUCCUCGAACUCCUGAUUUCAAUCCAGUGGCUACAGAUGAUCGCUUCUAUCUGCGAGUGCAGGUAAAGGACUCGGGACCUGGUAUCAACACGCAAGAUCUUCCAAAACUUUUCACAAAAUUUGUCCAAACUCAGACUCCUGCUAAUCAAAAUGGUGGUGGUGGUGGCCUGGGGCUUGCUAUUUGCAAAAGGUUUGUAAGUCUUAUGGAAGGAAACAUCUGGAUUGAAAGUGAAGGCCUUGGCAAGGGAUGUACAGCUGUUUUUGUUGUUAAACUUGGAAGUGCUGAUCGGUCCAAUGGAGCCAUAGCCCCAUUUGUGCCCAAACCUCUGUUGAAUCAUAAUCAAUCAAGCUUUGGCGGCCUUAAUGUUCUUCUUAUGGAUGAGAGUGGUGUCAGCCGAACAGUGACGAAAGGUCUUCUGAUGCAUCUCGGGUGUGAUGUCACAACCGUUGCAUCAAACGAGGAAUGUUUGUCCGUGGUGUCUCGAGAACACAAGUUAAUCUUCCUUGAUUUGAGCGUGUCUGCAGCGGAUGGCUUAGAAGUUGCUGUUCAAAUACGAAAAAGAUUUUCCAAGCGUCACGAGAGACCGAUCAUUGUGGCACUCACUGCGAGCACUGACAGGAUAGCCCGAGAAAGUUGUAUCCGGGUGGGUAUGGAUGGUUUCAUAUUGAAGCCUGUAUCGGUUGAUAAAAUGAGAAAUGUUCUGUCCGAGCUCGUAGAAAGACGAACUGUGUUUGAGACAGUUUAAUGAGCAAACAUGAAGAUCGUUGCCAUUGACAGGUCGGUGUAUCAAUUUCCCUCUCUUCUUUUUAGAAUUUUCGGUUUUCGUUUGUAAUUAUCUUGGUGCUUGGAGGUGUUGUUCUCGCUGUUCCGUGCACCCUUAUUCAUGUAUGUAUACCAUUUCCAAUACCGCAGCAUGAAAAUAGAACACAAAAAAGCCGGUAUCAAGUAUUGUGAAAUUGAUUCAACAUAGGAUUUGGAAAGUAUUCCUUGUGAAAGAUAGUCUCCAUGAAGCUGCGAAUAUUGGCAAUGCUACGAUGAUAUUGCCGUCUUCUUAUUCGUUUGACAAUGAUGCAGCCGAUAGUUGGUAAUGGUAGGUUGCGAACUAGGGCCGUAACUUGGCGUCUCAAUGGUAGGUUGUGAGCUUGGGCCGUAACUCAGCUUCUCAAUGGUAGGUCAUGACUCGUGAGUCGUAAGCUACGGCCGUAACUCAGUGUCUCGGCUUUGUGAGCCAAUGAUGCAGCCGAAAGUUGGCAAUGAUGGGUUGGUGAGAAACAGGUUCUGUUGAAUGCUUGUGUGAGCAGGUGAGCUGUUGGUCGGUUUGAUGUAACCUUGGCUCAGGCAACAAAUAUACAUGGUCAAGGCAAAACUGCUGGUAUUUUUCUUAAUUAUACAAGAUUAAUGAAUUAUUUGAUUCUAAAUUGAAGUUACAACUAACAAACUUGUAAAUCUUUUUUCUUUUUUUCUUUUUUUUUUUUUUUAAUCAAAGUUAAGGAUAAAGGAUGUGAUACAUCAAGAUUCGUUAUCUUCCCAUGAUCACUCUCAUUUUUAUCCUCUUUUUGUAAAAUUUUCCCUUCACCUUGAAAAAUUAUAUUUAUUAAUAUUGUACUCAAAAGCAUUUCUCUCGUCUAACUCUAUUUUCAUACCCACGUUCAAAUUUCACAUUUUCCAUCUACCCGCCGAUACAUAAUGAACGUAUCUAUACAUAUAACAUUAUCCUUAUUAACAAUCCGAUUAGGUUUAUGAAUCAAGGACAUACUCAUAGCGUACUCACUCCAUGCUCGCUGCCUUAUCCAUUCAAAUAAAUUUAGUACUAUGUGUACGGGUGUUUUUAUAUUUACCAUCUACCUAUUUUUCAUAGUGAAUAAGACUACACCCCAAGCAAGAAUGUACGGUGUGUAAAAUUCAUGAAAAAUUUAUUUGGUUACCCUCCUUUUCUACUUUGUUUCCUAUAUUCAUGAUUUUUCAAAUUUGAAAGUCAGAUAACAGAUAAAAUUUAAAAACGGAGUAUUACUAUAAGUUUUACCUCAUUCAAACAAAGCUUGGUUUGGGGGAAUAUAGGCAAAGCACAAUAAGUCAAUUACUAUAAUUGGAGUGAUGUGCUCCUUGGUCUCACUAAAUUUAUCCAAUUGAUAUUUAUCUGUCUUUUUAAUUUAGAAUUAAAGAGAAAGUGAAAUGCUUUCAAGAAAAUAUGGAUAUUUGGUAAUAAAAAGGGAGAAUAAAUUGUGUACGUAAAAUUAAAAGAGAGUUAAAUUGUAUAAAUAAGAUUAAAAAAAUAAUUCUAAAAAUAGAAAUAAUGCAAAAUGGGAUAAACAACUUAAAAAAAAAUGUUGCUAAAUAAGAGAGAUGAAGGGAGUAGUAGGAAAAAUGAAUAAAAUUGGUAUUUUAUAGGGAAUUAAGAAACAUAUAUAAAUGUGAUGAAAUGAUAAUUUAAAUGUACAUAUGAAAAUAUAAAAAUAAGUAUGAAUGAUGAUAAAAAUAAAAAAUAAGAGAAAGUUAAUGAAAUAAAGUAAGAAAAAGUGGUGCAAAUUUAGGAAGUGGAAGGACAUGCAAAUGAUUGUAAAGCCUAAAAAGCUUACUACUUGAAACCUACUUAGGGGGUUGCUUGUGGAGUCGCUGGCAGAUGCAAGAUGGAUUUAUUGACUCAGGAUUUGUUUCUUUCCUUUGUUUCAGAAUUUCUCAUUAUUAGUCUCUCUUAUUAUUAUUAUUAUUAUUAUUAUUAUUAUUAUUAUUAUUAUUAUUAUUA